AUGGGUGUCGUCGACACUAUCCGGGGCCGAGAUGAAAAUGGUCGGACUUCGAAGCCGUUUCUCCCACCAGAUUAUGAAGAUGAGACUAUCAAACAAGAGCCGCCUGCAAACGACAUUACGGAUCUCCCGGGUGAAGAAUCUUUAGAAUGGCACGAUGAAAAGGAGGUCCAGGCACACCCCGACCAGAUCAAUCCGAAUGCCGAUAUUGGUCUUCAGAAAGCCGAGGCUGCUGCAUUAGUCUAUACGAAGAAGGUUGUGUUCGGCAUAUAUGGGUGGAUUUGGGUCUGCUAUUUCAUGUUGGCUUUCCACCAGACCAUGUUGACAAAUUUGUCGCAAUAUGUCUUAGGCUCUUUUAAUGCCGCCCCACAGGUCACUACAGCCUAUAUCACCUCGGCCAUUGUGGGAGGCGUGUUAAAACUACCGCUAGGAAAGACCCUGAAUUUGUGGGGCCGUGCCGAGGGUCUCUUUGUCUCGGUAGUGAUCUAUCUCGUUGGUAUGAUCAUUUUGGCUGCAUGCAAUGGGCCCAGCUCGUUCGCUGCCGGAUACACAUUGUAUUGGGUUGGCUACUACUUCAUCUAUCUUAUUCUGGAAAUUUUCAUUGCGGAUACCACUGGGUUGCGUAACCGAGCCUGGGCCUUUGCUUUCUCCACAACUCCAUUCAUCUGCACCGCUUUUACUGCGCCAUUGGCGGUGACUUCUUUUAUUAAGACAUCGGGGUGGCGCUGGGGAUUUGGCGUCUUUGCCAUCGUGCAACCUUUCGUCUUUAUCCCUCUGUGCAUUGUCUUUAAGAUCUACGAGAAGAAAGCCCAAAAAUUGGGGUUGUUUAAGAGGGAACCAAGUGGCCGGACCAUUUUGCAAUCUAUCAUUCACUAUAUCCACGAGUUCGAUGUAAUUGGUGCUUGCAUCAUCAUGGCUGCGUUCAUUCUCUUUUUGCUGCCAUUCAGCUUGACAUCAUAUGGCCUUGCCGAAUAUUCCAGCGCCAAGUUUAUCGCCAUGCUUGUUAUUGGAUUCUGCCUCUUUCCGGCCUUCGGUAUCUGGGAAAAAUACUUUGCUCGGAAGCACUUCAUUCGGUGGGAGAUCUUCAAAAAUCGCUCUAUCGCUGGUGCUUGUCUGCUCAGCCUUGUCUUAUUCUUCAACUUCGACCUAUGGGACACAUAUUUCCAAGCAUUCCUGCUCGUUGUCUAUGACCUCGGCUACACGAAGGCUGGUUACCUGAUGCAGACCUACAAUGUCGGCUCCUGCUUCUGGUCCGUGGUGAUGGGACUGUACAUCUAUAAAACCAAGCAUUUCAAGUGGGCAUGUUUAUGCUUCGGCUUGCCGCUUAUGAUGCUUGGGUCAGGUCUCAUGAUUUACUUCCGUGGUGCUGAUCAGAGCAUCGGAUAUAUCAUCAUGAGCCAAAUUUUCAUUGCCUUUGCUGGUGGUACUUUGGUCAUUGGAAACGACAUGGCCGCCAUGGCGGGAGGUGACCGUGAAGGCAUUCCGCUAGCACUAUCCCUAAUCAGUUUGUUCAAUAAUGUGGGAAGCUCGAUCGGGUAUGCAGUUUGUGCCGCUAUUUACAACAACACCUACCUUGGGGCCCUCCGCAGUCAUCUACCUGCGGACCAACAAGCUAAUGCUGAAGCGAUCUUCGAGGGUAGCUUUGUUACUCAAUUGAAGUACCCAGUUGGAUCUCCGGUUCGCGAAGCCGCUGCCUAUGCUUGGGGCUACUCGCAGCGAAUGAACUGCAUUGCGUCCACCUGCAUCCUGGUUUUGGGUAUUCCAGCUAUUCUUCUGUGGAAGAACUUUAAUGUCGACAAGAAGCAAGUGAAGGGUACUGUUAUAUAA